GAUGAAUGGUUUCCUGUCCGUGAUGUCACUAUUGCUAUACCCUUUUCAGAUACGUCUUGCAUAUUGUUUUGCCACAAAUGCAUGCAAAUGCUGAUACAAAAAAUAAAUGAUAAUCCUUCCUGUGCAUGAGUGUGCUUGAGAGAAAGGAAGAAAGGAUCAGAGACAGAGAAAGAGUGAGAUAGACGGUGUGUGUGUGUGUGUGUGUGUGUGUGUGCACAAGUGUGGGUGGGAAGUCUUAACCACACUGCAGGACCUUUUUAAAACUGAUGUUCAGCACUACCUUUCUCAAGACAUAGUCGCUCGUGACUCACAGAUCUGAGCUCUGCAGACAUGAACGGUAACUCCGGCCACCCGUCCCAGCCGGUGUUCAUGGUGGAUUCCGGCGGGGGUCACCCUAAACAACCUCGGUAUUACCAUCGGCAGAUGCCCAGACACACAGAGCCGCAACUGGUGCCCUGCUGGACAUUCCCCCCUGCCCGGGCCGAGACGAAGAGAAGAGGCUUGGGGAGAAUGAACGCUGGGAUGGCCUGGGUACUGAUAAUGAUACUCCUGCUGGUUUUUGCAGCCCUGGGACUGGGAGCCUAUCAGAUCCUGAGGUUACAGAGAGAAAUGGAACGGCUGUCACUGGAAAUGCCCUCACGAAUGCAGAGCAUCGCUCCACAGAAACAAGUUGGCCUAAAUCCUGCAGAGCUAAACAGGAACAAACAAAAGUCUGCUGCACACUUGAUAGGUCGUGCAGACCAGAGCCCGUCCUCUGGAAUUCUGAAGUGGGAAUCGAAACUCGGCGAGGCCUUCACGGAAGGAGUCAAGUACAUCGACGGCGGCCUUCAGGUCAACGAGACCGGUUUGUACUUCGUUUACUCCCGCGUGGAGUUUUUUUCACUCGAGUGCAACCCCAAAGAUUUUUACGUUCACAAGAUGAGCCUUCAGAGGAACAGCCACAACCGGACAAUCAUGGAAGACCACCGAGAGGGCUUCUGUUCGGUGGGGAGCGGACAGCCGUGGAUGACCGGGAGUCACAUCGGCUCGCUUCAGCAUCUCAAGGAAUCCGAUCGCCUCUUUGUCAACGUCUCGCACCCCAAUAUGCUCAGCAAAAACUUUCACGGCAACUAUUUCGGCCUCUUCAAAAUCCAGUGAUCGGUUGGGGAUGUGGGAUGUGAAGAGGCCAGCAGUCUCUGGACCACCCUGAGACCCUCAGAGCUUCGUUGCAGUGCAAUCUGUCUGCUUGGCAUUGUUAAAUCACAUUUGAUUUUGAAUGUAUCUGUUGUUUUGGAAAGUUUUGCAGAAGAGUUUCAGACUGAGUGAACACUAAUAUAAUUCUCUAUUAGGAGAAAAGUAGAUUGAAUCCAAAUAUUUAUUUUCUUUCAAAUCUGUUUGUAUAUUAAUAUGAUCAAUGGUCACAUUGACUGAGCAAUAUAUCAAUAAUGGUUAAUAAAUAUGAUCAAUAAAAGUUGUAAGUGCA